GGGCGGGGCUUAGCGGCUCUUCGCUAAGCCACGCCCGAAAAUCGCUACAGACCAGUCGUGGUUUAGCAGCAACUGCUUUCGAGCGACCGCAAAACAUGCCAAAGCGUUGUGCAUAUUUAUUGUGCAAAUCUGACACCAGGUAUCCUAAAAGACUGGACGGCGUGGUGAAAUUUUUUCCCUUCCCGAAACCCAAAACUCAAGGGGAGAAAUGCCGGGCUUGGAUCAGGCAGUGUGGGAGGCCGCAUUCACAACUAAACGUCGACAGGAUCAACAAAAACACCUACAUUUGCUCCAAGCAUUUUGUUAACGGACAACCUACCCCUGAGUACCCCAAUCCGAUCGCAGCUCUCCCGGGGUUAGAUCUAAGGAGGGAACCUCAGGAGCCUUGCAGUAGGACUCCAAAAAAAGAGGAGCCAGAACCUCAAAGUCAGCAGGAAGCCAGCACCUCAAACUCCACAGUGAACACAUUUCACAGUACAUCACAACAGAGUGGCUCCAGCUAUGAAGAACAUGAUAUGGGUGACCAUGGAGAGGAACUGAAAACCCUGCAUGAAGAAUUAGCCAAUCAGAAACCGGACAUCUUAAAUCUGAAGCUUGAAAUCAAGACAGAAGAUGUCUAACUCCAUCAUCUUCAAAAGGAACUUCCGAAUCCACGCUCCUGAGAUGCUUUAAACCCUGAGAUUUUGAAGCAAACUCAUGUGUACUUCUGCACAGGGGUUUCAUAUGAACAGUUUAACAGCUUGUGUCAAUUUUUUAACAUUCCAGCUGGUUCAAGUGCACAACAAACAAACAUUCCUCUCUCAUACAAAUGUAUCAAUUAUGACAUCGAAAUUUUUAUGACAUAAUUAUGACAUUUUUACUGACCUUAAUGAAGUUAAGGCAAAAUUUUUACCACAAAGACCUGGCCUUCAGAUUUAAUAUCCAUGUACCGAGUGUCAGCACACUGAUCAACUCCUGGGUGGACUAUAUAUAUAUAGUUGAAGUCAGAAUUAUUAGCCCCCCUUUGAAUUUUUUUUCUUUUUUAAAUAUUUCCCAAAUUAUGUUUAACAGAGCAAGGAAAUUUUCACAGUAUUUCCGAUAAUAUUUUUUCUUCUGGUGAAUUUUUUUUUUUAGAAUAAAAAAAAGAAUAAAAGCAGUUCUUCAUUUUUUAAACACCAUUUUAAGGUCAAAAAUUAUUAGCCACUUUAAGCUAUUUUUUUUCCGAUAGACUACAGAACAAACCAUUGUUAUACAAUAACUUGCCUAAUCACCCUAACCUGCCUAGUUAACCUAAUUAACCUAGUUAAACCUUUAAAUGUCACUUUAAGCUGUAUAGAAGUGUCUUGAAAAAUAUCUAGUCAAAUAUUAUUUAGUGUCAUCAUGGCAAAUAUCAACAAAAUCCGUUAUUAGUAAUGAGUUAUUAAAACUAUUAUGUUUAGAAAUGUGUUGAAAAAAUCAUCUCUCCAUUAGGCAGAAAAUAGGAAAAAAAGUAAACAGGGGGGGCUAAUAAUUCAGGGAGGCUAAUAAUUCUGACUUUAACUGUAUAUGACAGUAUUUGGCCACACAGGGAUGUUAUUUCUGAGAACAUGCCUGCUAAAUUUGAGGAAGAAUUUCCAAAUACAUUUGCCAUCUUAGUCUGCACUGAACUUGAGAUUCAGAGACCAAGCUUGUUAGUGUUGCAGAGUCAGACUUGCUCCACCUACAAGUAUACUAACACCCUUAAGUCCCUAGUGGCCUGUGAUCCACGAGGUGGAGUCAUUUAUGUGUCUGCCCUUUUCACUGGAGCAAUUUCUGACAAAGAGAUUUUCAAUGAGUGCAACAUCCUUUACAUUUUGAAGGAGUACAUUAAGUGUGGCUAUCUCGAUGUAGGCGAUGGCUUGAGGGUUGAUAAAGGCUUUCUAAUAGAGAAGGAAGUUGAGGAGAUUGGUUUGCCACUCAGAUGUCACAUGCAGAUGUUGAGAUGAACCAAAGAAUAGCCGAGCACAGGGUUCAUGUUGAAAGAGCUAUUGCAAAGAUAAAGAAGUUUAAAAUUGUGUCUGGCCAAACCCUGAUUUCCCGGCUUGUGAACAUAAAUCAGUAGCAUUGUGGCGCAGUGGGUAGCACAAUCUGCAAGAAGGUCGCUGGUUCUGGGUCAGUUGGGAUUUCUAUGUGGAGUUUGCAUGUUCUCCCUGUGUUGGUGUGGGUUUCCCCCGGAUGCUCCGGUUUUCCCCACAUAUCCAAAAACAUGUGGUAUAGGUGAAUUGGGUAAGCUAAAAUUGUCUUUGGUGUAUGUGUGUGAAUGAGUGUGUAUGGAUGUUUCCCAGUGAUGGGUUGCAGCUGGAAGGGCAUCCGCUGCGUAAAACAUAUGCUGAAUAAGUUGGUGGUUCAUUCCACUGUGGUGACCCCUGAUUAAUAAAGGGACUAAGCUGAAAAAAAAUGAAUGAAUGGACAUAAAUCAAAUAUGGUAUGUAACCAGCAUGCUGUCUAACAGCCACAUAUAAUCAAAGAUUAAGGUUGUCUGUGUGCUGAAGAGCUGAGGGGUCAAGGAACAUCAUGCUAACGUGGUGCUGUCCUGCACUGCCCUGUACAUACUGUUGAGUGAAUUUUAUAUAACGCGCACAAUAAAGAACAUGUACUUUAA